UGUCCGCGUGGACCGGGGCUGACAUUGCACGUCCGUCUGCCAGGACCCCUGCGUCCAAACUCCGAGACAUGGCGACCAACGGCAGCAAGCUGGCCGACGGGCAGAUCUCCACGGAGGUCAGCGAGGUCCCUGUGGCCAAUGACAAGCCCAAAACCCUGGUGGUCAAGGUGCAGAAAAAGGCGGCAGACCUUCCGGACCGGGACACGUGGAAGGGCCGCUUCGACUUCCUCAUGUCCUGCGUGGGCUACGCCAUCGGCCUGGGCAACGUCUGGAGGUUCCCGUAUCUCUGCGGGAAAAAUGGUGGUGGGGCCUUCCUGAUCCCCUAUUUCCUGACGCUCAUCUUCGCGGGGGUCCCCCUCUUCCUGUUGGAGUGCUCCCUGGGCCAGUACACGUCCAUUGGGGGCCUGGGGGUGUGGAAGCUGGCCCCCAUGUUCAAGGGUGUGGGCCUGGCCGCGGCGGUGCUGUCCUUCUGGCUGAACGUCUACUACAUCGUCAUCAUCUCCUGGGCCAUCUACUACCUGUACAGCUCCUUCACCACGACGCUGCCGUGGAAGCAGUGUGGCAACUCCUGGAACACAGACCGCUGCUUCUCCAACUACAGCGCCAUCAACACCACCAACAUGACCAGCGCCGUGGUGGAGUUCUGGGAGCGCAACAUGCAUCAGAUGACAGACGGGCUGGAUAAGCCAGGUCAGAUCCGCUGGCCCCUGGCCAUCACCCUGGCCAUUGCCUGGAUCCUGGUGUAUUUCUGCAUCUGGAAGGGUGUUGGCUGGACUGGAAAGGUGGUCUACUUCUCCGCCACCUAUCCCUACAUCAUGCUGAUCAUCCUGUUCUUCCGUGGAGUGACGCUGCCCGGAGCCAAGGAGGGCAUCCUUUUUUACAUCACGCCCAACUUCCGCAAGCUGUCGGACUCCGAGGUGUGGCUGGAUGCAGCCACCCAGAUCUUCUUCUCCUACGGACUGGGCCUGGGAUCCCUGAUAGCUCUCGGGAGCUACAACUCUUUCCACAACAACGUCUACAGGGACUCCAUCAUCGUUUGCUGCAUCAACUCCUGUACCAGCAUGUUCGCGGGAUUCGUGAUCUUCUCCAUCGUGGGCUUCAUGGCCCACGUCACCAAGAGGUCCAUUGCUGACGUGGCAGCCUCAGGCCCCGGCCUGGCAUUCCUGGCGUACCCGGAGGCCGUCACCCAGUUGCCCAUCUCCCCCCUCUGGGCCAUCCUCUUCUUCUCCAUGCUGCUGAUGCUGGGCAUUGACAGCCAGUUCUGCACAGUGGAGGGCUUCAUCACCGCACUGGUGGACGAGUACCCCAGGCUGCUCCGCAACCGCCGGGAGCUGUUCAUCGCCGCCGUCUGCCUCGUCUCCUACCUGAUCGGCCUGUCCAACAUCACCCAGGGGGGCAUUUAUGUCUUCAAACUCUUCGAUUACUACUCUGCCAGCGGCAUGAGCCUGCUGUUCCUCGUGUUCUUUGAAUGUGUCUCCAUUUCCUGGUUUUACGGCGUCAACCGGUUCUAUGACAACAUCCAAGAGAUGGUCGGCUCCAGGCCCUGCAUCUGGUGGAAGCUCUGUUGGUCCUUCUUCACCCCCAUCAUUGUGGCGGGCGUGUUCAUUUUCAGCGCCGUGCAGAUGACCCCUCUCACCAUGGGGAGCUACGUCUUCCCCAAGUGGGGCCAGGGCGUGGGCUGGCUCAUGGCUCUAUCUUCCAUGGUUCUCAUCCCCGGAUACAUGGCCUACAUGUUCCUCACCUUAAAGGGCUCCCUGAAGCAGCGGAUCCAGGUUAUGAUCCAGCCAAGUGAAGACAUUGUGCGCCCGGAGAACGGUCCGGAGCAGUCCCAGGCCAGCGGCUCAGCCAGCAAGGAGGCCUACAUCUAGGGGUGCGGGGCGGCUCGCCCACCCACGCUCUCACUCCCCACCCCGGCUGCACGUGACCACCACUUGAAGUCUGAAGAUACCGUCUAUCUCAACCUACCUCGAGUGGAGAGUCCAGACACCAUCGCCAGGCAAAGAGAGGGAGAACUGGGCUCCACGGUGGUGAUGGUGGUGGCGAUGGUGGCAGAUCCAGUGAAGAGUUUCUUGCAAGCUCCAGCAACUCAGCAGUUUCUCCUUUGCGGGGAACAUGGGUCCCCAUGUAGCAAGUCGUACGUUGUGCCCUGUACUCCUUAGCUAGUUAAACUCACGAGCUGUGUUUUACAACUAAUCCUUAAUAACUAUGGUAAAUAACUGUGACUGUGGGUUUUUUUAAAUCUGUCAUCCUCAUCCAGAAGUGACCAGCAUACCAGUUCUUGCAAUAAGGUAUUACCCUCAGAAUAUUAAGCACAUUCUUGUAGAAAAAAUGUUUGUGUAUGCAUAGAAACGCACACAUACGUACAUUCAUCCUCGCGUGUGGUACCUAGGGUCUCAUCUGAUGUUGUGUAGGAAAUCCACAAGCUUUUCCUGAAGUCAUCUGUAAAAUAGUCUCAUCACUAAGGCAUCCCAAAUGCCAACUGGUGACUCCAGGAUCCACAUGCAUAUGUGUCGUUAAAUUAUAGGGUUUAGAACAAAAGGAACCCUUCUCUGUGUCUCAUGGUCCCGCCCCCUCAGCCUUGGCGUGAAUUCCUUUAAAAUAAGGGCAGGAAGACUUCUAACUUUCUCUUUGCUCUUCAUUCUGAAACUAAGAACAAGUCUUUCAAAGACAAAUGCAGCGUAUUUAAUAAUGUUUGUAAGCAAAUCUAAGUGAGAUGUUUGGCAAGAAAUCCCUUAACUGAUUUCCAUCCAAACCUACAUAUAUAGCACAAUAUUACGUGUCGUACAAUUACUGUGAGAACUGUGAAUAUGUGUAACUUUUUUUAGUAUUUGCCCUGGGGAGGGAAAGAUAUUGUAUUAUCAUAUAUGCUUUUUUUUUUUUUGCAAUAAGGGUUUAUUCUCAGAAC